AUGACUUCGUCCAUUUCCUUCUUUCUUCUUUUUCUUCCCUUCCUAUUCUCCACCGAUGCGCUGACGUCACAAUCCGACGUGUCAGCUUUAAAAGCCUUCAAAGCCGCCGUGAAACCAAGCUCAAUCCCUCCAUGGUCUUGUCUUGCAAGCUGGGACUUUGCUUCCUCCGACCCAUGCGCAUCACCGCGUCGAACACAUUUCACGUGCGGCAUCACUUGCUCGUUCGACUCCACACGUGUGAGCCAACUCACUCUUGACCCGGCCGGGUACUCGGGUCCUCUCACGCCGCUCAUCUCUCGUCUCACAGAGCUUAUCACACUCGAUCUCGCCGACAACAAUUUCUACGGUUUAAUCCCAUAUUCACUCUCCUCCCUCACAAGUCUCAAGACCUUGAUUCUCCGGUCAAACUCGUUUUCCGGGUCUAUACCCGAAUCGGUAACUCGGCUUAUCUCGGUCGAGUCCAUUGACAUAUCUCACAACUCGCUCACCGGUUCGCUUCCGAGAUCAAUGAACUCGCUCUUGAAUCUGAGACAGCUCGAUCUUAGCUACAACAAGAUCACCGGAUCAAUCCCAAAGCUCCCGAGAAAUCUCAUAGACCUUGCUGUAAAGUCGAAUUCUUUAUCAGGACCCAUCUCUAAAGAAUCAUUCACUGAGUCAACUCAGUUAGAAAUCGUCGAACUCGCUGAGAACUCGUUCACCGGAACACUCGGAGCUUGGUUCUUUCUUCUCGAAUCUAUCCAACAAGUUGAUCUAGCGAACAAUAGUAUUACGGGAAUCGAAGUUCUCCCUCCGAAAGUAGCCGGAGAAAGCGACCUCGUGGCGGUGGAGCUAGGUUUCAAUCGAAUCGCGGGAAACGCUCCAGCGAGUUUCGCGGCGUACACGAGGCUUUCCUCGUUGUCUAUGAGAUACAACAUGCUUCACGGCGUGAUUCCGUCGGAAUACGAACGGAGCAAGACGUUGAGACGGCUUUUCUUGGACGGGAAUUUCUUGACCGGGAAACCUCCGGCGAGGUUUGUUAAACCGGAAUCGGAAGUGGUGGGAAGUUUGGGGAAUAAUUGUCUACAGGGAUGUCCAGGGAAAGCAAAGAUGUGUGCUCCAUCGCAGAAACCAUUUUCCAUUUGUAAGCAAGCUUAUGGUGGAAAACCAAAGUCUUAG